AUGGAAAGGAAAAGUGACCCUAGUGUACGGAGCUGGGUUGGGGGCCUCCAGCCCAGCACAGUGAUGGGCGGCCAGCCCUCCUUUACCCAGCUGGCCGCCAGUCCCAAAGGGAGCCCCGUGCCGGCCCGGACAAUGCACCAGGACUUUAGGAAGCAGGUGCUCUCUCACUACUGCCCAGGAUGUGGGGACAGCAGCCCACAGCAUGCCAAGACUCCGGACCCAGGGCACAGGAUCUAUUUAGGAAUUUUGCUGGAGACCUGGGAAGAGGCAACAGUCUUUACUCUGACUUUUUGUCUUUCUGCCUUUGUCUCUGGUCCCUUGCCCCACCUCCCACCUCAGGUUCCUUUGGGUGUUUGUCUCUCUUUAUUUUGGUCAUUUUCUGUGUGUAUACAUCCAUGUCACCCUCUCUCUCUGCCACUCCCCUCCCAGGCUGGCCACUACUCCUGGCCCUCUCCAGCUGUGAACAGCUCAUGGGGGCAGGAGCCCCAGAGGCAGCUUCCGGAGGUGCUAGGUGGCACCUGGGAACCACCUCGAGGUGACGGGCUGCACAUAGUCACCAUCAUCGUCACUAUCUUUGUUCUGCUGGCAGUCUGCAUCGUGGUGGCAGUCCACUUUGGGCCAAGGCUGCACCAGGGCCGUGCCACACUCCCUACAGAGCCAUCAACCCCAAAGCCGGAGGAUGGCAUCUACCUCAUCCACUGGCGGGUGCUGGGCCCCCAAGACAGUCCUGAAGAAGCACCGCAGGGCCCUCUUGUUCCUGGCUCCUGCCCUGCGCCAGAUGGACCCAGGCCCAGCAUCGAUGAAGUCACACAUCUAUAGCAGCGAGACUGGAAAGUUAGCCUGAUCUAGCUCAGAACAAGAAACCAGACAGAGAAAUAGGGCAAAAGCAAAUUGGAGCCUGGGCAUCAGAGCAUCGGAAGGGCACACUGGACUCAGCUGGAGCUGCUAUCUCAGAACAUUUAUAGAGAAAGUCCUGUGGUAGGCAGGAGACAUCAAAGAAGCUCGAGGGCCCUGCCCAGAAACACGCUGCUGGGGGCCUUCCCAGGGCCCGAGGCCACCUCACAAGGUCACUCCCUCUUCAGGGACCACCAGGCCCCUAAAUCAUCUUUUCCAAGUCUCUGCUCCUUCACCGAACCCCUAGCCUCCUUCCCUUUUGUUGUAACAUGAAUCCAGCUUGGGAGGUUCCACCAGCUCCCCCAAGCAGGAAUGCCAGAGGCCCCAUGGAGCGGCCCUGAUCCUACAAAGGCCAGCCAGGGAGACCCCAGGCAGGGAAGCUGGGGUCCACCUUCCCUGAGACUCCCUGGGCUCAGGGAAGUGACGAAUGCCUAUCCUCCGUCAGUCAGGGGCCAUCCUUCAGCUGUCAGGGCCCAGACCUUGUUGACAAGCUCUAAAGUCCUUGUAAGCCCAAGCACAAUUUAUAGUUCAAAGGCUGGCUUUCAAAGGUCCCCACCAACUCUGUCUUGCCUCCCCAGAAGGGAUGGGGGGAAUUUGGGGGGCUCUCAUUGCCUUCCACUUUCUGUGUGCCUGGGCCUGUUGGAAAAGCCUAGAAUGUACCACAGGACAUUUCCCAGAUCUUUCCAGCUGAUGAAAAAACAGGAAAGGAAAAGGAGCUCCAUGGAACUUGUUUGGGGAAGGAAGGAGUGGGGUGGGGACCACUACCAGCAGUGGGAGGGCCUGGAUCUAGUCAGCAGGGGGGUCAGGAAGAUGCAGCCAGGGGCCAGGAAGACAAAACUGGACUUUCUGGUGGCUCAGUGCCUCCUGGUGGCACUGCCUUCCCCAGCACCUCUGAAUCUCACUCAUCUGUAGUCCAGAACAUGCAGACAGACAUUUAUGGCGGGACCUCUGGUGCUUUACCCUGGAGAACCCCUGGGGGCAUUGGCUGGGAAAUAACAGAAGAUAAAAAGGAACAGAGGUGGGGACUGCAGUGUGUACAGAGGACAGGCUUGCCUCCUUUGGGACUGGGGAGAGGCAGCUAAAAUGUUAAUAGCUGCCCCUUGUUGGACAGGGGCAGGACACCAGGCUUCUCUGUGGACCUACAGAUAUGAUACCAUUCACUCCUCGAAAAAACCUCCAGGGGAGGGGCCGCUGCUAUCCCUGUUUUACACUUGGGGACACUGAGGCUUGUUUAUCAAGACACCUAGGUAGACACAGGUACUAAGCAGUGAAGUCAGGAUUUGAACCUGGGGUCAUCAGAGUCCACAGCCUAAGCCCUA